GACGUUCGACGGAUUCGUCCCGGGAAACGCGACCAACUUCUCCGUGCGCCACGCCGUGAUGAGCACCCGCGCCUGUUUCGUUGGGGCGUGGCCUACGCCGUGGCGUUGGCGGAGGCCUCCCCGCGCAGCCCCGGCCCCGCCCCCUUUGCGCCUGCGAGGGUGCUGGCCGGGCGUGGCUCUCCCGUGCUCGCCGCCGUGGGCGUGAGCCUCUUCGGCGACAACGUCUCCGGCUUCGUUUACGCCAUCGUGGCGCACGCCGUCGUGGUGUGCGGUGUGGCGGCCCUCGCGGUGGUCCUGCCGCCGUACUUCGCCAACAGGGGGCGGUGGCGCCGCGGCAGGAGCCUCAGAGGCCCCUUCCGCCCCAUGGCUGCUGCAGCCGCCGCGUAG